UUCCACUCAAAGGGCAAAAGCAAAAACAGCAAAAGAGGAAGAUGGCAAGACUGUUGUUACUUUUCCUCCCAGGUCUUGUGGCCGUAUGUGCCGUGCAUGGAAUAUUUAUGGACAGACUUGCUUCCAAGAAGCUGUGUGCAGAUGAUGAGUGUGUCUAUACUAUUUCUCUGGCCAGAGCUCAAGAAGAUUACAAUGCUCCAGACUGUAGAUUCAUUAAUGUUAAAAAGGGGCAGCGGAUCUAUGUUUACUCAAAACUGGUAAAAGAAAAUGAAGCUGGAGAAUUCUGGGCUGGCAGCGUCUAUGGCAAUCAGUCUGAGGAUGAAAUGGGAACCGUGGGUUAUUUUCCCAGCAACUUGGUCCAGGAACAACAUGUGUACCAAGAAGCCACUAAGGAAGUUCCUACCACGGAUAUUGACUUCUUUUGCGAGUAAGAAGUUAGACAAAGUCGCCAAUAGAAAGGAAACAUCAGAAAUAAAGAAAAAAGAAAAACCAAAAAAUACAUGUCACUAAUUUCUGACUUUUGUUUCAAGAGUUUGACUUGGGGCUGGAGAUGGCAGAUAAAGGGGAGGGGAGAGGACAGGGUGGAGGAGGAAGAAGGAAAGGAAAACAGGAGGGGGAAUGUUCUCCAGGUCUGAUCUUCCAGACUACCUGGAACUGGAUGAUAUUUUCCUCAAGUGGGUGAGUUGAAAGCAGAGAAUUAUUUUUUCAGCCUAGAGCCUCUUCUUACAAGGGGAUCAACUAGAAGAUGGUUCAUUUAUAGUUAUGUCUAAAUAGUAAUUCUUCCCAGCUCUUUGGAUCCUUGAAUAAACUUAAGGUCAUGAUUCUUUUUUUUUGGACAUGAUGUCUUCUACUAGUUUCUCUGGCCAACUGCAGUAUUAUAAUGUACCCCAAUGGACUAUGUCAUCAAGGAGUAUUCUAGGAUUGUUGUUACUUUUUAUAUUUGAUGCCUUUGGGAUGUGAAGCUGCUGGGGGAGAAAAAGAACUGUUUGGACAAUGCUUCUAAAUUUCUUUUUUAAAAAGGUCUCACAAAUUAUUUCAGUUGAAUAACUUUACCUUCUAAACAAUAAAUUUACCUCUCCCAAAAUUUUAAAUAAUGUAAAAUUUUAAUUUCAAUAUAUUUUAAUUUUAAUAAAGUUUAAGUAAUUUUAAAUUUAAUUUCUAAAUUUUAAAUUAGUUUAAGUGGUGGUGGGGUACUUUAUGAAAUAUUUGUAAUAUAAUAAUUUCCCCUUAUUACGUGCUAUUACUGGAUAUUAUUCAAGCUUCAAAUCAAAAAAUUUUAAAAAGUCUGUGGGUUAUUUUCUCCACUUCUAUUUCAACUUUGAAUAUCCUAUUCCCUAAGUCAAAGGUAAUAUGUUAAGAGAUCUGGUGAGGGGAUACAGGUUUGGUGAUCCUGAUGGACCCACAAGUUUUUCCACAGUUAACUGGAAAUCAGCUUUGAUUGUGUGUUACUCAUGUAAUUCUUUUGAUGUAGUCAUGAGCUUUUGUUUGUUUGUUUACAUAUAAUUAAAAUGCCUGUGCUACACUCAAAAAUUUUCACAAUUUCUGAG